GUCUCUGAGAACGUACUACGGGCUUGUAGGUGAAUCUAAAUCGCGACAUAACCUCAAAGAAAGUUGAGAUUGACAGUUGUCUGUAAAUAUAUAAAGAGUUAUUCGAGAAAUAAAUUGAUUAAACCUGACAAUGAGAAACUAAAAGAUUACAGUCGAUCUUACUGUGACUCUAUAUUGUUAUAUAUCUUAAAAAUGGUUAUAUAUGGCGUCUAUAUCGUGUCGAAAUCGGGCGGAUUAAUUUUUAAUCAUGACCACAAUGUUCCACGAAUUGAAAACGAAAAGACGUUUAAUUAUCCAUUGGAUAUAAAGUUGAGUUAUGAAAACAAAAAGAUUGUUGUUUCGUUUGGCCAGAAGGAUGGGAUCAAUGUGGGACACGUUUUAUCAGCAGUUAAUGGAAACCCAGUAGUGGGACGGGAACUAGAAAAUGGAAAAGAUGUAUUCGAACUGCUUGAGCAACCAGAAAAUUUUCCUUUACUGCUUAAAUUUAGCCGUGCUAAGAUGACAACAAAUGAAAAAAUCUUCUUAGCAUCCAUGUUCUAUCCCUUAUUUGCAAUUGCUAGUCAAUUGAGCCCAGAACCACGUUGUUCUGGAAUUGAAAUUUUGGAGGCAGACACAUUCCGAUUACAUUGUUACCAAACAUUAACUGGAAUUAAAUUUAUUGUUGUAGCAGAGCCUACACAAAGUGGAAUUGAAAUUUUAUUAAAAAGAGUGUACGAAUUAUAUGCAGAUUAUGCUUUAAAGAACCCUUUUUAUUCAUUGGAAAUGCCAAUCAGAUGUGAACUAUUUGAAUCUAACUUGCAAACUUUACUGGAGAAUGUUGAAAAAUCUGGUGCUGGCAGUGUUUGAUUAAUUAU